AUGGAACCGGGAGAAGACUGGAAGAUAGAAUAUAGAGACAUCAGCUUCAAACUCAAGUCUUUCAUUCAUGCCAUGGAUUUCCAACCUUCCUUCCUGGUAAUUAUCUCAUUCCUCUUGUUGCUGCUUUGCUUUGUAAGGAUUUGCAAGAACAAAAUCAGAGGGAGAAGUGUGGUUCAUAAGCUUCCCCCAGGCCCACGGAAGUUUCCUCUAAUAGGAAACCUUCACGAACUGGCAAGGGCAGACACGCUUCCACACCAUACCCUUCGAAAUCUCUCACAUGAAUAUGGACCUCUGAUGCACCUUCAACUGGGUGAAAUUUCUGCUGUGAUUGUGUCAUCCCCUGACAUGGCAAAGGAGAUAAUGAAGACACACGAUCUUAAUUUUGUGCAGAGGCCAGAACUCCUUUGUCCUAAAAUCCUGGCCUAUGAAUCAACCGAUAUUGCCUUUGCUCCGUACGGUGAUUACUGGAGACAGAUGAGGAAAAUAUGUUCACUAGAGCUUCUUAGUGCCAAAAGGGUUCAGUCUUUCUCCUUCAUUCGUGAAGAUGAGGUGGCUAAGCUCAUUCAAUCCAUUCAAUUGUGUGCAUGUGCAGGUUCACAAGUCAAUGUUUCUAAAUGUGUUUUUUCGUUUGUAAGCACCCUUGUUUCAAGGACAGCCUUUGGUAAAAAAUCUGAGAACGAGGAUGAGCUUUUGUGUUUGCUGAAGAAAGGAGCGGAACUCACGGGAGGGUUUGAUCUUGCUGAUUUGUUCCCCUCAUUGAAAGCUCUUCAUUUCAUAACUGGGAUGAAAGCUAAGCUGGAGGACAUGCAUAAAGAGCUGGACAAGAUUUUAGAAAACAUUAUCAAAGAGCAUCAAGCAAAGCGUGGCAAGGGAGAAGCAGGAGAAAAUUUGGUUGAUGUUCUUUUGCGCGUGCAACAAAGUGCCACCCUCGAGGCUCCAGUAACCGUCAACAACAUCAAAGCCGUGAUAUGGGACAUAUUCGGGGCUGGGACAGAUACUUCAGCGACAGUACUAGAGUGGGCUAUGUCAGAGCUGUUGAAAAACCCAAGAGUGAUGAAAAAGGCACAGAUUGAAAUAAGAGAAGCUUUUAGGGGAAAGAAAAUUAUUCGUGAGAGUGAUAUAUAUGAACUAAGCUACUUGAAGUCGGUGAUCAAAGAAACCUUAAGGUUACAUCCACCUGCUCCUUUGUUGCUCCCAAGAGAAUGCAGGGAUUCAUGCAAGAUAGGUGGAUAUGAAAUACCUGUGAAGACUAAAGUGAUAAUAAAUGCAUGGGCGCUUGGAAGAGAUCCCAAGCAUUGGUACGAUGCAGAGAAGUUUUUACCUGAAAGAUUUGAUGAGACAAGUUUAGAUUUUAAAGGGAAUAAUUUUGAGUACAUUCCUUUUGGGGCAGGGAGGAGAAUAUGUCCUGGCAUUUUACUUGGCUUAGCUAAUGUUGAGCUUCCUCUGGCUGCAUUGCUCUAUCACUUUGAUUGGAAACUACCCAGUGGAAUGAAACCACAAGAAUUUGAUAUGACAGAAGCCUUUGGAGCUACAGUGGGAAGAAAAAACAACCUAUAUCUAAUACCAACUAUGUAUGACUAUUCCCUUAGUCAGGUCAUUGCCACAUGA